AUGGCUGGGACUGACCGCGAGGAUGUGCCGUCCAUUCUGCGGGGCUGCCGUUUUGAAACGGAAAGGCUCCUCGUCCAGGAGUUGGAGCCAACAUUUGCCCGCUGGGACGUCGGCGCCUCGUCCGGCGAACGCUCACUGGGCCUUGCCUCCGGUGUGGUGGCCACGAUGCUCACGGAGGAGGUGACCCGACCACUUCCACCCCACUGGCAAGGCCCCUAUUCACCAGAGAGGGCGAAGCAGUGGAUUGCCGACUUAGUGGGCGACCCUAUGACCACACUGCUGUUUGCGGUGGCCAAGGAAGGUGGCAGCGCACCAGACGAAACAACACGAGGCGACGCAGAGGACCUGUCGACGGCGUCGGCAUCGAUGGUCGGCUUGGUUAUCGCUUUCGAGCUGCCGGAGGAAGACUCCGCCUCCCGAAGAUGUCUUCGCUUGGGAUACCUUCUGUCUCAGAAUUUCUGGGGCCAAGGCUUGGCAUCCGAACUGGUGAAGGGCUUUGUGAGCUGGUGCCGGCAGCGGAAUGCAGAGGAACCCCAGGGGGCCAUAGCAUCCAUCGUUGGCGGAGUGGCUCGCACCAACCUAGCAUCCAAACGCGUCCUUGUGAAGAAUGGCUUCCGAGCUGUCUGCGGGGAAAGCCAGGAAGCGCACAGCCCGGAGGACCAGGAAGAGGAGGAGUUCUGCUUGCAGCUUCUCUCAUGA